CGAAAUUUAUGUAGGGCAGUAUAACUUUUAAAAGAUAUCAUAUAUAUUUGGUUGUACAUCGAUUUUCAAAGGUAAAAAGUUCAAACACAGAGAUGAUGCACAUUGAACAGACAGCGUUUAUGUUCUUCAUGGUGAUUGCUGUAUCUACAGGUUGCAAACUAAAGACUUACGGCAAUAGUUACGUUGUUGGUUAUAAUAGUCAAGUCAUAAGGGUUGAGGAUGCCUUUGUCGGAUCAAUGAAAACUAUAUCUAACAGUGCGAGUACUUGUAACGUAACGGUGAUAGUUACAUCAUCUUUCCGCAAACAAAGUCAGCCUGUACCGGGACAUAUUGUGCCACCUGCGUCACGUUCAAAUCAUUUGGUCGGGCACGCGAUUGACAUGAAUUUGAAAACACCGAAAGGAUAUUGCAACAGCAGAUGCUUGGCUGCACGAAAAAACUCCCAUGCCGAAUGCUUUUUGAAAAACGUCAUGGGCGCUGGUCUUAGAUGGGGUGGAACAUGGAAUCAACCAGAUCCUGUUCAUAUCGAUGAUAGUUUGAACCUUCGUUCACCAAAAACUUGGGAAAGUCUCUUCUACGACUUGCAAAGACAUUGCUGAGAGUCGAACCCAAGUUUCCGAUAAUGUAUUUAGUUUUAAACGGAAUAAAUGUAAAUGCAAUGAAAA